AUGGCAGGCCUCUGUAGCCGCAGGCUCCUGCUGCUCUGGGCUGGAUUCGCUGCUUUGGCUACUUCAGGCAAUCAAACAACUGCUGGACCAUCCCCACCAUCUCCACAGUGUUCUUACCAAGUCCAGCUCAUCCCAGGUGGUUUCCAGAUUAACAUGAUGAAUUCUCCCGCUGGAAACUACAUUAUUACCAUUACUGAAAACAACCAAGCAGUGAUACAAGAAAAUGUUUUUGUCUCCAAUGAAACCUCAACACAUGAAAUCAAACAUCUGAAGCCCUGUACGGAAUAUGAGCACAGCGUUGUCCGUGCUGAUGGACAAAUAACCUGCAACAGUGCUGCAAAUAAAGCUAAAACACAAUGGAAUGAUGAUAUUAAAGACAUCAGCAACACUUCUGGAUAUGUUUGUUACCAAAGCGCCUGGAACCUCGACUCUUCAGUGUCACCACCAAAAAAUCAUCGAUAUGAGCAAAGAGAAGAUGGAAAAUUCUGUUUCAGACUUGCUGAUGAGGAUUUUUGCUCAGAUUUUAACAUAAAGUUCACUCCAGAAAACUGUUAUGAGACCUUUCAUCACACCAGAUACAUUUCUGUUGAUUUCAUUGAUCCAAAUGUCAUCGAUCAGCAUGAACCCACAGGACUUCCUGCAAAAAUAGAACCAAAGUUACCUUCAAACUGUAAAAACUUCAUGGUGGAUUACACCUGUUCAGAAAGUGGAAAAGUCUAUCAGUCCAUAAAACUUUCUGAUAUGGAGCCCUUCACAAACUACACCUGUACUGGUCUGAUCCAGCACCAAAGUGUCUCCAUAGAAACUCCACGUCUCCAGUUUCAGAUCAUGUGUGAUCUCACAAUAACGUUCACAAAGCCUCAUGGAACCAAUACUUCCACUGAGCUGACAUGGAAAACAACCAGUAACAACUGUGAAGGUUUUCCCCAAAACUUUACGAGGUUUAGUUAUACUUCUAACUGCCCUAAGCCCUCUGGUACAGAACCAUGCAAAAGUAUCAAACCUGAUGGAGGAAAGUGUGAACUUACUGGACUGAGUCCUUACACUGAUUACACAUGUGAAAUCCAGCCCACCUACAACAACAGGAAAGUUUCCAAACCAGAGACAUUUACCUGGAAAACUGAGCCUGGAACACCAGAUGCUGUUUACUACCCAUAUGUGAAUUAUCCAGAGAAUAAUGUGAUUAAAAUAUCCUGUACUGAACCCGAUAAAUUUUAUGGACCUGAACGUAUAUACAUAGCACAUCUUGUUGGUGUCGGCAGCCUAACUGAAGACGAAUGUGAAUUUGAAUUCAAAGACCUGAGUUACUCUACAACCUACACACUGGAGGUGGUUGCUUUCAAUGGAGUGUUAAGGAGCAAACCUGCAACACAACAAGUUCACACUCUCUCAAGUAAAAAUAACUUCACCCUGAUGUUGACUACAAAACUCAGUUUCUACUCACUGUCUUGAGUCAACAAACCAACGCGUUAAUAUUUCUCU